AAUUAGUAACCUUUUCCCUCUCCAUUUCUCUUCAUAAAGAAAAUGGUUGUACUAAUCUUGUUUUUAGCUUUGUUAGUGAUCAUGAUAUGGGUGUGGAGAAUGGUGAAUUGGGUGUGGAUUAGACCAAGAAAAAUAGAAAAGUGCUUUAGGAAACAAGGAUUGAAUGGACAUCCUUAUAGAACAUUAUAUGGAGACACAAAGGAGAUGGCUAAGUUGACUAAAGAAGCAAAACUUAAACCAAUGAAGCUCACUGAUGACAUUCUCACUAGAGUCCUCCCUUUCUAUCACUAUACUCUCAAUAAGUAUGGUAACAAUUGCUUCACAUGGAUAGGUCCAGAGCCUAGAAUUUUCGUAAUGGAACCAGAAUUAAUAAAGGAAAUAGUAAUGAACAACAACAUUUUCAAAAAACCAAAACCUACUCCAUUGGUACAACUUCUUGUGAGUGGCAUCUCAAGUUAUGAGGACCAGAAAUGGCCAAGCACAGGAAAAUUCUUAACACUGCGUUCUACGCCGAGAAAUUGAAGUGUAUGGUGCCAGCAAUGCACAAAAGUUGUGAGGAUAUGAUGAACAAGUGGGAAAUUCUAAUUUGCAAUAAGAAUAAAUCAUGUGAAUUGGAUGUACAUCCAUAUUUUGAAGAUUUAACAAGUGAUGUGAUUUCAAGAACAGCAUUUGGAAGUAGCUAUCAAGAAGGGAUGAAAAUAUUUCAACUUCAAAAAGAAUUAGCUGAACUCACACGUCAAGCUUUCCAAUCUGUUUAUAUUCCUGGAUGGAGGUUUUUACCAACAAGAAGAAAUAGAAGAAUGAAAGGCAUUGACAAUGAACUCAAAGAUACAUUAAGGAAGAUUGUCAACAAAAGAGACAGAUCCAUGAAUUUGGGAGAAACUCAAGAGGAUUUGUUAGGCAUUUUAUUAAAGUCCAAUAUGAAGGAAAUUCAACAAAAUGGGAGCAAAUUUGGUAUGACAACUGAUGAAGUAAUAGAAGAAUGCAAAGUAUUUUAUUUUGCUGGCCAAGAGACCUCUUCAAAUUUAUUAGUUUGGACUAUGGUUUUAUUAAGUGUGCACCAAAAUUGGCAAACUAGAGCUAGAGAAGAAGUUCAACAAGUCUUCCACAACAAUAAUCCAGAUUUUGAAGGGUUAAAUCGUCUCAAAAUUGUUACUAUGAUUCUGAAUGAGGUACUAAGGUUAUAUCCACCAGCACCAUAUUUCCUAAGAAAAGCAAAUCAAGAAACAAAGCUAGGAAAAAUGAAUAUUCCACCUGAAGUAAUCUUGAUGAUACCAACAAUAUUUAUUCAUCAUAAUGAAGAAUUAUGGGGUGUUGAUGUUAAAGAAUUCAAGCCAGAUAGAUUUUCUCAAGGAAUUGCAAAAGCAACAAAGGAUAAACUUUGUUUUUUACCUUUUAGUUGGGGUCCUCGUAUUUGCAUUGGCAAUAAUUUUGCUAUGAUGGAAACAAAGAUUGCCUUAGCUAUGAUCCUUCAACGUUUUGAAUUUGAGCUUUCUCCAUCUUAUACUCAUGCACCUACUUAUGUGGUUACUCUUCAACCUCAAUGUGGUGCUCACUUAAUCUUGAAAAAGUUAUAG